UGUGUGGUACAGCGUCUGUUACGCAGGAUCUGAAAUCGCAGCCAGAGAGUGAGGGAAAAAAAAGAGUUUGCGUUUUGAGAUUCUCUCUUAAACCACACGCGUCGCUUCGGGUGUCUAGGGUUUUUGGGUCAAGGAAAAGGUCGGAGCAAUUUGGUUGUCGCAUGGCGGAUCACGAGGAACCCAAGGGCGGCGAGUCCAUCAUGGAGAAGAUAGCGGAGAAGAUCCACGCUCACGACUCCUCCUCGUCCGACGAUUCCGACGACGAUAACCCGGCGCCGUCCGAGGUGAAGGCUAAGAUUUACCGCCUGUUUGGACGGGAACAGCCUGUUCACAAGGUGCUAGGUGGUGGAAAGUCUGCUGAUGUACUCCUAUGGAGAAACAAGAAGAUAUCAGCAGGUGCUCUUGGUGUUGCAACGGCAAUAUGGGUUCUGUUUGAAUUGAUUGAGUACCACUUUCUCACUUUAGUUUGUCAUGGCUUAAUCCUUGGCCUUGCAAUCUUGUUCUUGUGGUCCAAUGCUACUACAUUCAUCCACAAGACGCCACCUCACAUUCCUGAAGUGUCGAUACCAGAGAAACCUGUCUUGGAGUUUGCCUCUGUACUUAGCUUUGAAAUAAAUCGUGCAAUUGCUACACUGAGGGAGAUUGCUUCCGGAAGAGAUCUUAAGAAGUUUCUCUUGGUGAUUGCUGUUUUUUGGGUUAUGUCUAUCGUGGGCAGCUGCUGCAACUUCUUGACGUUAUUUUACUUGGUGUUUGUAUUACUGCACACUGUGCCUGUGCUCUAUGAGAAGUAUGAGGACAAGGUAGACCCGUUUGCGGAGAAGGCAACUAUUGAGAUCAAGAAGCAGUAUGCAGUGUUUGAUGAGAAAGUUUUGAGCAAGAUUCCAAAGGGGCCUUUGAAGGACAAGAAGAAGGUUUAAACUAUUUAAUGUUCUGUCUCAUACCAGGUCCUUUGCAGUCAUGUGGUAGUUUUUCAAUUUUUUGGUUGAAGUUGCCAAAAUUAUCCAUGAUUGGCAUGAACCCUGUUUUCAUCAUGCUUUUUUUGGUGUUGGGUUCAGAUGUGGAUGAAUCUGGAUUUUUGUCCCUUCAUUUUCUUCAGACAUGCUCAGAAUUGCAUGGAUCUUUGUGCUAGCUAGUAUUGGUUUGUUGA